AUGAAGCUGCUCUGUAUUUUGGCGGGAGUGGCCGCCGCGGUGGCAACUCAAGGCGUUUCUACCACGAAUAAGUUUCAGUUUGAGCGAUUGGACAGGAAUAACUCCAUGCUCCUCGUCGUGGAUCACCAAGUCGGACUAUUCAACCUCGCGAGAGACUUUGACCCCACGCUCUAUCGUGAGCAGCUCAUUGCCCAUGCCGCGCUGGGUAAAGUGUUCGAUAUACCUGUUGUUCUGACUACAUCUGCUCAAACCGGACCAAAUGGCCCUCUCCCAAAGGAGAUCCUAGAAAUGUACCCCAGUGCCCCCCUCAUUCAACGCCAAGGCGAAGUAAACGCCUGGGACAAUGAAGACUUCCGCAAAGCUAUCAAGGCAGCCAACAAGUCCCAAAUCAUCAUGGCAGGCAUCACCACCGACGUCUGCACCACAUUCCUAGCACUGUCACUUCGGCAAGAAGGCUAUUCAGUGUGGGCAAAUGCUGAGGCGUCAGGCACCACGUCCGACCUGGUCCGCGAGAUUUCGAAUGAUCGAAUGGCUAAUGCUGGCGUCAACAUUGUCAGUCUGUUCUCGAUUGCGUGUGACUUGAUGAGAGAUUGGAGGAAUACACCUGGGGCGAAGGAGAUGAUUCCUUGGCUGGAUAGGUAUUUCCCUGUUUGGGGCUAUGUUGCGCGCGGCCAUAUUGCUGCUGUUCAGAAUGGGUCGGUGGUGCCUGGUGAGCAGGGUCUUUUGGGGUGA